GCUGUCCGGUUGUUUUCUGCUUAUUUAUUUACAUUAAGUUGUGAAAACCUUUUUCUGCCUCUUUCUUUCCUUGAACUGUGAGUUUGAACUUUGUUACAGACACUUUCAGAGAACGUGGCCAUACAAGAGGAGCACAUGUUUUCACCAGCCUGAAAACAACAUGAGAUUUUUGUAUUUUCUGUGUUUGCUGUCAUUGCCAACAGCUGUUGUUACAGAUUCCCACUCCCUGUGGUUCCUUGUAACUUACAUCGAAGGAGAGACUCCAUUUCCUGCAUUUAGUGUUGUAUACAUGUUAGAUGACAUCACAGUCGGAUACUACAAUUCAGAGGCAAAAAUCUGCGUUCCCAGAGGAAACACCACAAAUGAAGACGAGGAGGUUGAUCUCAUAAGUUAUUACCUAAAUGAAUAUUACCCUCCAAUUGUGAAAAGAUUUAUUGGACUUUUUAAGAACAAAACAAAAGGUCCUGUAGUUCACCAGUUGCUGACUGUUUGUGAAUUGCCAGACAAAGACGAUGUUGGACAAAUGAUCACUAAGAUUGCUUUUGAAGGCUCCACAACUGAUGAAAUGCAUUUUAUUGAUGACACAUUGACAUUUCAAGGCAUGGAAAAAGUGACGAAGCUACAUCUAGAGAUGUUCAGAUGGUUCCAUGCCAUGGCAUACAAACGCGGCAAACUGAUUCUCGAGAAGUAUCUGAAAAAGAGAGCAACUCAAGGGAAGAGGAGAGUGAAACCAAGAGUCAGACUCAUCCAGAAAGCCUCAGAUUCUGGAGGCGUUCGAGUGAGUUGUUUGGCGACAGGAUUUUACCCUCGUCACAUCAACCUGACCCUGUUGAGAGAUGGACAGCCUGUAUCUGAUCAUGAGCUCACUGGAGGAGAUCUGCUGCCCAAUGGAGACGGAACAUACCAGAUGAGGAAGAGUCAGGAGAUCAGAGCAGAGGAGAGACAAAAACACAAAUACACCUGCUCUGCAAAACACCUCAGUCUAGACAACAAACUCAUCGUCACAUUGGAUUUUGAUCACAGUGAACCAUACAAAUCAGUGAUUCCUUCAGUUCUGGCGGUUUUGGCUCUGAUGUUGGUGUUUGGAGCUGCAGCUGCUGUAUGGAAAAGACGACAUACAGAGGAUGAAGGAAUGUCACAACCAUUUGAUGUUAAAUAA